CUCAUUUUAUUUCAUUGUCCCGACACCCGCGCCCAACUGCAGCACGCCCUGAGGGUCACUGCCACCAUGCCUGUUUCUUGUUGCCUUUUCUUUUUGUAUCCUGAUGCUUAUUCUUUUCUUCCUGGCCUCGUGAUGUCCUCCUCGUACAUGCACGGCGCGAGGGCAUUCACACAUCAUCUUUUCCUUUCCACCUGCAACUGUGCACCCUUCUCCCUCAGAAUAAAGGCUCAGUGUAUGGGAACACUGUUACUUUCCUCUUGUUUUGCAAAUGCAUUGGACAUUUUUUCACCCUUGAUGAAACAUGUCUUUUAUUGAUUGCUGGCCCCCUUGGGCACAUUCUCACGAUGGUUGUUAUUUUUGUCGACUUGAGUUGUGCUAAUGACGUUGUUUGAAUUGCCACAAUCGUUCGAAUUUAUUUCGUUUUUUUUUUUGGCGUUUUUUUUCUUUUUUUUUUUUAAAUUAUCCCUCUCUGCUUUGGGCUUAUUCGAUUCCUAGUUGCCUUGUGCACCAUGUUUCUCUUUAUUUUGCUCCACCACGUCAACGGUCUCCUUUUGUGGUUGUCAUGGGCCGUUGAGGGGCGCCCGGACAAAAAGCCUUGUCGCACGCAGCUCACGUAGACCAAUUGGGGUUCGACAAGAACCCUUGCACAACGACUGCAGUGUGUUUCGUUUUGAAAAGAUGCGGCCACGGUCGCCAAGAGUGAACAGUCGUGAAAUGCUUCAUCUGGGCGCCCAAUCGACCACAGGAUCUUGCGGAGGAUUGACACUUGGCAGCAGAUCAAAGCGGGGUUGGGCUGGGGGUUGCGGGCUGCAAAUGCGGCCGUCCAAUUAAAACCGGGGCGCGCUGUCCAAAUCCGCCAAAUCUCUCGAGGUGUUUGCAAUGUUUUUGCAUGUGGGUUGUGAGGCAGGCCUGAUGCAGGCCGGCCGUGGUUUUUGGGGGGAAAGAAGGGACGAUGACGGCCGCCGUUCGGGCCUGACGUUUUCUCUUUGGCGCCUGUGCAACAGACAAGCUUUCCCCCCCAAU